AUGCGUUUCACUUGCCUCCUCCUCACCAGCCUGGUUGCCUUCGGCUUCCACGCCAAUAGCUUACCUGUAGAGCCAAAGCGGCAUGCUGCUGCUGCAUCCGAAGCAAAAUCCGACCCAGGCUUCAAGCCUGUCAUCUCAUGGGAACACACGAACGAUGACGACGAUGAUGGCAUGUGA